AUAUGACCACCAUCAACCUGACUCCACUUCCUCAAACUUCUGUGUCACACUGUCCAGCCACUCGUUUCACACAUCUAACCCCCCGAGCAGGAAACGAAACCAGUCAGACAAUCAGUUGUGCACCGGUGUUUGUGUGUGUGUGUGUUGCAGCAGGAGGCCCGGUGGAGCCGUGGACUCAUGGCAGGUUUGAGGAGCGGAUCUGGAGCGACUACUAGAGCCCGGCAGAGAGGUCACCGUGCAGCCGUGACGCUGCCCACGCUGCUGCUGCUGCUGCUGCUCACCUGCUGCGUCAGGUGUUCCGCCGCCGCCGCUACCAAACCGAGCAACAUCAUCCUCAUCCUCGCCGACGACCAGGAUGUUCUUCUGGGGGGGAUGACCCCCAUGAAGAAAACUAAAGCCUUAAUAGGAGACGCAGGAGCAACAUUUCUUAACGCUUUUACGGUCACGCCGCUGUGCUGCCCCAGCAGGAGCAGCAUUUUGACGGGUCAGUACCCCCACAACCACGAGGUGAGGAACAACUCGCUGUCGGGGAACUGCUCCAGCCUUCAGUGGCAGAAAGGCCCCGAGUCCACCGCCUUCCCGUUCUACCUCAACAAACAGAAGUACCAGACCUUCUUCGCUGGCAAAUAUCUCAACCAGUACGGGAAGAAAGACGGAGACGUUGGCUUUGUUCCACCUGGCUGGGACCAGUGGCAUGCACUGGUGGGGAACUCGCAGUACUACAACUACACGCUCUCCGUCAACGGCAAAGAAGAAAAGCACGGAGACAGUUAUGAGAAGGACUACUUCACAGACCUCAUAACGAACCGGUCCCUCCACUUCCUGGAUGACCGGAGCCCUCAGCAUCCGUUCUUCCUGAUGCUGUCUCCUCCAGCUCCUCACUCUCCCUGGACGGCUGCCCCGCAAUACCAGAAAGAGUUCGCCGACGUCAAAGCCCCUCGAGACGGGAGCUUUGACAAAUUGGGCAAGGACAAACACUGGCUGCUGCGUCAACCGGUCAACCCGAUGCCAGACAGCUCCCUCACCUUCCUGGAUAGUGCGUACAGGAAAAGGUGGCAGACUCUGUUAUCUGUGGACGACAUGGUGGAGCUGCUGGUCAAGAAACUAGAAAGCAUCAAGGAACUGGACAACACGUACAUCUUCUACACCUCCGACAACGGCUACCACACAGGUCAGUUCUCUCUGCCCAUUGAUAAACGGCAGCUGUAUGAAUUUGACAUCCGGGUCCCGCUCAUGGUCCGCGGGCCGGGCAUCAAACCGAACCAGACACUGCAGGCUCCGGUGUUGAAUAUCGACCUGGCUCCGACCAUCCUGGACAUAUCUGGCGUCAACCUGUCUUCUGUGAACGUGGACGGGCAGUCCUUCCUCUCUCAGAUGGCUCCGUCGCUGCGUAACGGCACCGUACGCCCCGUCUUCCUUGUUGAAUACACCGGAGAGGGACAUCCAACGACAGAUCCCGCGUGUCCCAAACUGGGUCCUGGACUCUCUCAAUGUUUCCCAGACUGCGUGUGUGAAGACGCCUUCAACAACACGUACGCCUGCGUCAGGACCCUCAACAAAGACCACGACCUACAAUACUGCGAGUUUGCGGACACCGAGUCGUUUGUAGAAGUGUACAACCUGGUGUCGGACCCCCACCAGCUGGAGAACGUCUGGAAGAAGAUGGACCCGACGUUCCUGCAGGCGAUGAACCAGCAGCUCAUAAAGCUGCAGUCCUGUCAGGGCGACAGCUGCCGCGACAUCAAGUAAAGAGGAGGCGCCGCGCUGCAGGAAGCCGCCAAACACGCACUCUGUGGAAGACGGGGUCUGGUUUAUCUGACCUGUUUACCACAAGUAUGAUCGUUGCCGCGGCCAUUUUCAUAACCAUGUUUUUUUUUUUUUUUUUUACAUUUUGACUAGUCUCGGGAAAGAAAAGCACAGGUGUAAACAAUCUCAUGAGUGAUGAUGGCUGGAUUCUAUUCAGCUGCUUCAGUUUCAGGGUCCUGGCGUUGUGCAUGCUGGCUCACUGUCACACUGCCAUGGUUUAUACUGGGACACUUGAAUAGAACAGAGCCAUUGUGAAAGGAUGCUUUGACAUUCUGGGAAAAUACGCUAUUCGCUUUCCUACUGUGAGUCCUUGCACACAGAGUCCGACAUUUUCACACGCCAAAAACAAAUACAGAUUCAUAUAACUUGGAUAAAUACAGCAGGUGCGUUGUAUGGAAGCCAUACAACGUUCUUCGCAGGUAAAAUGAAUACUUACUUCCAUUGAAUUUUGGUAUUUUUAUUCAGUUUAAUAGCAUUUUAAAACAGUAUCCGGACUAAACUUUAACAUAUUCCAGUCUCUGAUUGUCCACUCAACAUCCUCUGACUUUAACUAUUAGUCAAAAUAAUUCAUAAUCUCUGCUUUUUUUUAAACCCAAAAAUUAGGUAUUAUGUAAUUUUAAAUUAGUUUUGUUGACCAUGAAUGAAAAAAAGUGACAGAAAUAUUUAAAACGGCGUCAAAAGCAUACUAAAACAUUGGAAGAAGCACAAAAUAAAAAUCAUUUUCAAUUUAGACCCAACAGGAGGGUUCAAUACGACAUCACGUUGUGUCAAUGAUGCUGCCUCCAAAACUUUUGUACAUCAUAUUUACAUUAUUAAAUCGGAUCAGGUUAAAUGUUCUGCUUUUUUUUUUCUGCAUCCGUAGAGAGCAUUUUUUAAGGUGUUGUGACAUUUUUAGAGAUCAUUCAGGCUCAAUCUGUUAGUGGAAAUUGUUCUUCUUUUUUAAUAUGUCUUCAGUAUCGCUAGUAAAACAUCUGCUUGGAUGGAGCCAAUAUUUCCUCUUUCUUUUUCUCUUUUCAAAAAGAGAGAGAGAACAACUAAAUCAUCCUCACUGCUUGAGGACAUUUUAACUCUAGCUUGUAUUUAUUUAGAUAGCUCCUUUCAUACAAGCAUGCAGCUUAAAGUGCUACACAGAACAUCAUCACAAAAUUAAAACAGAUGAGGAAAAAAGUAAGACUUAAAACUACAACUCUAAGACAAUAACAUGUAGAAGACCAAUAGAAUAAAAAUAAACACCAGGGUUAAAAAACACGUAUAAAAUAAUAUGAUAACAAUACUCCAAAUUAAAAGCCAGAUGUUGUAUUUUUUAUUAACCUUUUUUGCGACUGAUUAAUUAACACGCAUCGCACUAAGUGUGCAAGGUUUCUGUUCCCAGCCCAAACUGUGCAUACGGAAAAAUGUAGGAACCUUUUUUAGAGAUGUCGGAGCUAAUUAUGAAAAGUACAGCCAGCAGCUGGUUAGCUUAUCUUAGCAUAAAGACUGGAAACAGCUAGCCUGGCUCUGUGCAGCAGUAACGAAACACGUCCAUCACUGAUUAACAUGUUAUAUCUUCAAUUCGUAACAAACACGGAAGCGUACACCGGUUUUGUCCCGGACUAUUUUUGGUGUGUAAAGAAGAACUAAUCCUCUCAGUAAUAUAAAUAGUAGUUGUACGUUUACACGUCUUUGUGCAGAAUGUCCACCAGGAAGCAAAUAAGCGCAAUGUCAAACUUUUCCUUUAAUGUUAUCACUAACACCCGUGCUUUUUCUUACGAUUAGUCAAAAUGUCCGCUGUGAAAAAAGGUCCGUUUAUUUAACUGAGCUGUGCUCGUUUAUCUCUCAUUAUAUCCUGAUAAAUUUCUCGUCCAGUUUAUUUUGUGCAGAUGUCUCGCUCUGCAUGUAAACUGCACUAUAAACUUACCAUACAUGACCAAAGUUUUGCACGCACGCUGUAGCUGUCACUGAUCUAAUCAUCGUUAAAGGAAGAGUUCCACAUUUUAGGAACUGCACUUUUUGGACAGUUAUCUUAGAAGAUUGAUGCUCUCGUGUCUGUCCGUUCUCUAUAAAGCAUUAUAGAUAUUUUCCUAAUAUCGUGCAGCCCUACUUCUGUCUACACAUUCAGCGUACAGACACAAGAGUAUUCAUCUUCUCGUCUGUCUGUCUGCAAGAUUUUCCUAAAAUGUCGAACCAUCUCUUUAAGCUGAACCUUUUGUAGAGUACAACUCUGGUCUCUAAAAUAUUGUUGGUCUUUCUUUUAUCCCUGCAGAACUUUACAUGAGAGAAGUUGAGAGUAAAAGUACCAUGUGUCCAAAUGUUGCUCAAACUUUGUGCCUCAGAUUUUACGAAAUUGAGUUGUUUUUUUUUUCUUUUCUUUUUUCUGUUUAUUACAAUAUUUUACACUGAGUAUUAAUGAUUGAACAUUUAUAAAGAGCCUUUUUUUUAAAGUGGAAGAUGGGAAAAAAGUGCCGCGAUACUUUUGAGACGGAUUUGUUGUAAUUGUGAGGAAUUCACUGAAGGGGAAAGUUUGACCUGGGAACAUUUGAAAUGAACGCAUUAAUCCUGCGUGCCUUGCGUUUGCACUGCCGAGGCUCACGUGCCUUAAAUGUGAAUGUGUUUGCACUGUGAUGAUGAAAUUAAAAAUAAAUCUAAAGAAGCAUUUA